AUGGAAAUUGAUAUUGACGGACUAACAUUCUUUUCAAAUUUUGAUUCUGGAAAUCUGGCAAAUGUUGAAAAGUGUCGUGGCAACUCAAACAGUGACAAUGUAUGUGAAUUUAAUGUAUGGACAUCCCCGGACUGCGCCAACACUCCAUAUGAAAAAGAUUACUCAUCAUGGUUUUAUUUUGGUAUUCGGGGCAAUGUGCCGAAUAAAAAACUCCAGAUUAACGUUGUCAAUAUGAAUAAGCAAGUAAGAUUGUACAGUCAAGGUAUGGCUCCACUCGUAAAGUCUAUACCAGAACAGUCUUUUUGGAAAAGAAUCUCGAACCCAGUUAACUAUAAGGUCGAAAAUGGAAGAUUCAUAUUAUCUUUUCAGUAUCAAUUGCCUGAUCAUGCGGAAAGUGUUACCUAUUUUGCCUUUUGCUAUCCCUACUCAUAUUCCAAAUGUCAAGAAAGGUUGAACUGCCUUGAGCGCCAAUUUCACAUCAGUGAUAACCCUUGUGGAUUAAAAUCUGAUACUAUUUACUUUUAUCGAGAACUACUCUGCUACUCAAUUGAAAAAUUAAGAGUUGAUUUGGUGACUGUAACCUCCUGCCACGGUGUUUUAGAAGACAGAGAAUGUCCACUUAAAGAAUUAUUUCCGGAAGGGAAUAAACCGCGGUGUCAUAAAUUCGAAGGGAAAAAGGUUUUUUUUGUAAGUAGUAGAGUCCACCCUGGAGAGACUCCUUCUAGCUUCGUUUUCGACGGAUUCCUCAACUUUAUUCUCCGCCAAGAUGAUCCUAGAGCGAUAGCACUAAGGAAAUAUUUUGUGUUUAAAUUAAUCCCGAUGCUAAAUCCAGAUGGUGUUAAACAAGGUCACUAUCGAACCGAUACGCGCGGCACUAAUUUAAACCGAGUGUAUUUAAAUCCUGAUUAUAGAAUACACCCAUCUAUAUUUGCAGCCCGGACUCUUUUAGAAUAUUAUCACUUCGAGUACGCCGUAUCUUCACACGGCAAGCUUACUACAAUACCUCUGUACCAGUAUAAUCAAGGGUCGCCGUUAGCCGGCAAUAAAUUGGAUUCAAGGCUUAAGCAACAUGCUAAUUCUAGCAGAAAACUUGAUUUCGAUAAAGUACGAGGCUUGAAAGUCAUCGCACCAAGUGACGAUGGUGUAGCGUUUUACGUAGACCUCCAUGGACAUGCAUCAAAGCGUGGCUGUUUUAUCUAUGGGAAUGCUCUAGAGGCGGCAGAAGAUCGUAUUAAAAUUCUACUAUUCGCUAAAUUAAUGUCAUUUAAUUGUACACAUUUUGAGUUCGACAGCUGUAACUUUAGCGAGCGUAAUAUGCGAGCGCGUGACAAGAAAGAUGGCCUCUCGAAAGAAGGUAGCGGGCGAGUUGCUAUUCACAAAAUCCUAGGAAUAACUCACAGCUACACCUUAGAAUGUAAUUACAAUGGUGGUAGAAUAGUAAACAAUGUUCCCAGCGCUUCUAGUGACAAUGAAGGAGCAGACCUGGCAAUGCCACUCAAUACUACACUUCAGUACACUUGUUUACAUUACGAAGAGAUCGGUCAGGCAGUUGCUAUUAGCGCGUUAGACAUUAUUAACGCUAACCCUCUGUCUCGAAUUGAAAAAUCGGAAUUCCGCAAUAUGAAUGGUGUCAUUAGAUGGAUAACAAAUUAUGAAAAACACAAUUCAAGGCACCUUCGCCAGAAGAAAUCUCGAUGGCUCCGAGCAGAAUAG